ACAACACCCUCAAUUACUUACAACUCACGAAGACAAUAUCGACCUUUUGAACCUCAAGACCAACAAAUUCCACAAUGCUAUCUAGAGCCGGCAGCCGGGGUGCGCUCCGUUCCAUUCUUUCGUCCUCUCGUGCCCAUCGAUCUCGCAUCACAGCAGCCACAAGAUCUCGUGCGCCCUCAAUCGUCUGCCCAAUUCAACAGAGGCUAUUCCAUUCCUCGCCUGCUGUGCUCAAGGGAAUCACACCAGGCUCCUCGGACCCUGCUCCGCCAAACCCGGAGCCCAACUUGAUCGGAGUAAAGCAGACGCCAGAAGCAUCACAUAUAUCUGAAUCGGACUACCGCGAUCGUUCUGAGGAAUAUUUCAACGUAUUACUGGCGGAGAUAGAGCGAACUCAGGAGGAAGCAGGAUCAGAGGUAGAGGCUGAGUAUAGCGCUGGAGUUCUCAACGUUACAGUUCCUGGAAUUGGCACCUACGUUCUCAACAAGCAGCCCCCAAACAAGCAGAUCUGGCUCAGCUCGCCCAUCUCAGGGCCAAAACGGUUCGACUGGGUGAUUCAAGGUGACGAGAUGGCCGAGAAAGAAGGGACUAGGGAAUAUACCGGCGGACAGUGGAUAUACCUUCGUGACGGGACGAAUCUGACUGAUAUUUUGAAUACAGAGUUGAACCUGGAGCUGAGGGCAAAGAUCUAUGAGUGA